GGGCGCGCCUGCGCGGUGGGCGGGCCGGGAGCGCGGCGGCGGCGGGAGGAGGAGGCAUGAUGUCCUGUAGCAUGGCAGGUGAAGAGGACUUCUUUUUGGAAGAAGAGAGAUUCAGGCAGUACUGUGAGGAAUUUAUUAAACAUUCACAGCGGAUAGGAGAUGCUUGGGAGUGGAGAACUAGCAAGGAUCUUGGUGAUGGUUAUCUUAGUAAAACACACUUCCAAGUAAGAAAUAGAAGCAUCCCACCAGAUCCCAAGGAGAAAAGCAGUGGUAACAUUGAAGAAGCAUUUUUUACACACGCUGAAGAGUCUUUGGAUGAUUCUCAAGUAGUUGAAGUUUGUGCAACAGAAGAAGUGAUUCGCUAUGAAUAUCAUGUCUUGUACUCCAGCAGCUACCAAGUACCUGUUCUCUAUUUUAGGGCAUGCUUUUUAGAUGGAAGACCUUUAACUCUGGAUGAAAUAUGGAGCAGUGUUCAUGCAUGCUACCAGGAUCGUCUGCAGGAGAGGCCCUGGGACACUAUUACACAGCAGGAGCACCCCUUACUUGGGCAGCCAUUCUUUGUUCUACACCCUUGCCGGACUAACGAAUUCAUCUCUUCUAUACUGACCAGUUCACGGAAACAUAACAGACACACAAAUUACAUUAUAUUGUGGCUCAGUACUGUAGGCCCAGUUGUGGGUCUAAACCUGCCCCUGAGUUAUGCAACACUAGCACCUGAGCAGAAUACAAAUGCUGAUUCAGUUGAAAGGUAAGAGAAAAUGAAAUCACCCUUUUUCUCUCCCAUCCUCCUAUGAAAUUAAAAACAUCAGAUGGAUAACUGGCACAACCAUUAUGUUCUCCUUUGGAGCUCUUGGUUCAGUUCAUUUAGGACUCACCUUCUGAUAUUUUGCUUACAUGGCUGCCUUAUUACCCUACUUAUUUUGUAAUGAAAAUUUGCUCUGAGAGAGAUGUGGUUGGCACACUGCUGAUGCCUUUCAUAACUGUCAGAAAGUUCUCGAUGUCCUGAGGUCUUUUUCAGGUGUGUAAAAACAUUUUAUGGUGGUCUCUCCAGCAUAUGGCACAUCUAGCAUAAUUCUGUACAAUGAUUUUAAUUUGAUCUUUUGGGUGGUUUUCUUUCCCCCUGUUUGAUGUCAUCACUUCAGACCUCUGAGCUGAGACAGAUGGUGGUCAGCUAUAGCAAAGCUACUGCAGACUGUCCUAGAGAUGAAGUCAAACAAAGGAAUCCUUCCCGACUGGUAAGCAAUGCAGUGUGGACAGAUGACUGUCAUGGCUCUUUCUCUGGUGAGAACUUGCCCAGUUACAGUGGAAGACCUAAGAGCUGGCUGCAGUUGUGACAACUUUCAAUCGCCAUCAGGACCUGAAGCCCCUUGCAAUUGCUUUGUCCCCUCACAGUCAUUAUCAUGAAUGAAGACAUUUCAUUAUCUCCUGCGUCUGUUUUUCUGUGGUUAUGGCCUUGGUAAGACACAAACGUGCAAGCAAGCAAGAGCUGACAUGCUGGGUUUGGAUCUACUAAAUUUACCUGCUAAAAAUCAUAUGUCUAGAAAAUCUGCAGCAUCUGUGAGGAUAUGUACAGUAAAAUACUUUUAGGAUGUGGUUUAUGCUUGUGGUGGUCAAUGUAUGGACUGAGACUACUUCACCUAGGGACCACCUUCUCCACUACAACAUGGUGCAUGGACCACCCUCCCGUACCACACCACGUACAGAAUAUCCUAAUCAAAGGAGUGAAUAAUACUUUUUUUUUUUGAGAAUAUUCUGUGUACAUCGUGCUUCAGGGAACAAACAGCAUCAGGAUUGUAGACAAACAGAGUAUUUACAGUCUACAUCUGAUUAAGCUUGUACGGUUCUAGAGUUCAAGGUGCCUGAUGCUAUUGUAUGAGAACAUCUGGCUUUUCCAUGCUUCACUGCCUCCAAAGGAAGCUUUGCCAUGCUCUGUGGGAGUUACUGUUGUAGUUAAUUAGUAUUUCUUAUUGUACUAGCAGUUCACAGAUUUAGUCCCUAUCCUGCAGUCUUUAUGCAACCCUCCCCUGACAGCUGUUUAUUUUUGGGGCAAGUAGGAAUUGUAUGGUAGUGCAAUCAGUGAAAAACAGAUUAGAAGUAACUUCCACACAAGUCCUCUUGGAUUCUUUCCCAAUCUGAUUUUAUAAUUUUUGUAAUAUAAAUAUAAUUUUUGUAAUAUAAAACAGACCACAAGUCCUGAGCAGUGGAGAUGGAAUUAUACAUUUUACUUUGUAUGUUCAUCAAUAUGUCACUGCAUACAGAGUUCAGCUAUGACAGAGCCACAUCGGAGCUGGAAAUGUGAAAGUCGUUGGGUUUCAGAUUCUGGGUUUUCAGAUAUUUUGAUUGGAUGCAUAUUUUUAACUUACAUCAUAUGUUAUUGGUGGACUGAAAUACAGUGCAGUCCUUAAAAUUCCAUUGGUGCAGAAUUCUUUUGCCAGCCAUUUGGAAUUAAUAAUGAAAGGACAUAAUUUAUCUCAUUCUGGAUCAUACCAACCUGAAAAGCCAUUUUUCCAUGUAAGAUUUAUAAAAUGAGGUCUUCCAUUCAUGUACCAUGCCAGCAGUCACACUACUUUUUUUAACACUCUUGGUAACAUAUGCUUGAUAACUCCAUCCAUAGCCCAUUUUCAAAUUUAAGGGAGACCUACACAGGAGGAAAAACAAAAAAACGCCAGGUAACAGCAGUUUUAAGAGCUGUUAAGUGUUCAUCCCUGCAAUGUGAUCUUCAUUUGUGAUACAGUGGAACAAAGGGGUAAAAGCAAUCAGCCCUUCUCAGCUGCCCAGCAUUGCAAAUUAUCUGUCAGCUCCUCCUGCCUCUACCCAGCAUAUUGGCACACUCACACUGUGCUGGCUAGCCCUUGGGACCUUUAUUCCUGGUAUAACUUAGUACUGGUAGGUUUAUUUAAAGCAAGUUCUGAAUUAGCUCCUCCUGACCUUAGGAUCAGGGAAGUGGAAAGGAUUGAAGGAGUUGUUCCCUAUAAACUGUCAGCACUGAAUGCUGCAUCAGCAUAUCCGAGGACCAGUUAAGCUUAUUUUCUCAAAGCAUCACAGAUGUUACUUGAUACUGCAUUGAGGGUUGAAUGUACAGAGCAAAUUCCACUUUUAAAAAUAUAAAUAAUAGAAUUCAAUCGUGAAUACAGAGUGGCUUUGGAAUAAUUUACAGCUGAAAUGCUCAUUUUAGUGUUCUCAUAUACUGGACAAGAGCUAUUCCUUGAUAAAGGAAAAGAAAAAAGCCUGGAACAACUUUCAAUAUUAUUUUCUGUAAUAGUUGUUAGACCUUGAGAAGAUUCUGCUGUGCAAAAUUUAUAAGCAUAGUUUUAUAGGAGACUAGCUCUUUCCAUGUCUGUCUUGGAAGUAGGAACUGCAGUACAACAGUAGUAUUCAUAAUAGGAUUUGGCCAGUUCGGUUUCUUUACCAUAGGCAAGUCUUCCUAUUGGAAGUCUGUGAAGCGAUAUUGCUCAACUCCAAACAUCAGCAUCUCAUCCAUGUGACACUGUACAUUGGAAAGUGUCACAGAUUGUAAUUAGAGACAAGACAAAUAUGAAAUAUGCCUGGGAGAAUAUACUCCAGUCACUUUGUCCCACUCCAUCAGUCUUCUAUUGCACUUUAAUCUUCUCUUGUUUUGGGUUUGGUUUUUUUUCCAAGAAUUAGAAGAAAAGUGAGAUUUGUAUGCAGAUACAAAUAAAUAUUUUUCUUUUACAUGGAGGAGGUCUCAACACCAGUACUUUCUACCUUAAUUUAUCAUUUGUAAACAAAAUCAAGAAUUAUUUCAACAGAGCAUUGCACAUUGUACCACACUUAGGAUUUCCUCUGUCAGAAACAACCCUAGGCACUUGUCCAAUGGAUGGCUGCACACAGUGAGAUACUACUUUGUCACACUCUUAACUCCUAGUCAGCCUCUGCUGGCAAUCUGGAUAUUUUACAACCGUACAUUCAGUGGGCUGCACACUAAAGUUGUUCCCAGUUUCUGAAGCUGUCUCUGUCUUGCUUCCUUCCUGCUGAUAACGCCCCUCCAAAUUCCUCUUCAGUGCCUUGACCUUGUUCCCACAGUUACUGAGGCACAAUGGUGUCAGGUAAUACGGAGCGUGAAAUGGAUAAGCAAACAGUUCCCCUGCCCUGCUACAAGUCUUAACCAUUUAACACUAUAAACAAUGAAGUAGCAGAGCAGUAUUAUCCUUAGGAUCAAUGUUCCCCUGAGAUUUGUCUAGAAAUACCACUGGACAAAAAUUCAGCUCAGUUAGUACAAAUACACUAAGCUUAGAUUGAAAAACAAAUACAGGAUAACAUAAAUCUGGGAUCAAGGGGAGAUAUAAUCCUGUUUAGAUAUCUACUUUCUAAUGGGAGGUAGGCAUCUAGUUUCCCUUAAUGCCUUAAUGACUUACAGGAUAUUUUAUACAGAAUGUUUAUGUACAAAAAUCCUAUUUUAUAUCAAAAUCAAGUUAAUUGCAGCACAAUGUUGUAAUUUUACUUUGCAAAUCUACUGAAGAUUCUUAGAUCUGAACUUUGGUUUUUGGCUACAUACAUUAUCUGAAAUCUUGCAACUUACCAGAAAGAAAAUUUCCAGUUCCAAACGGUUUUGUGAAUCUGUUCAGUCGUUUAUCCUUCCUAAUCUGGAAAGACUUAUUGAGGACCAUUGCUUCUGGGGACUUCUGCUUCUGAGAGCUGGCUUGUACCUGCCCUUGGGUACAAGAAUCAGGAAGAGGAAUGGAUUUUAUAUGUUCACCUAAGCCAAAAAUAUGCUUUGCUUUGGAAUAAAAUUGCUACCUACAUAAUC